UUCCUCUUCUUCCCACCCCUUACUCUUUGUAUUUAACGCUACAUAAACAAAACGACAAUGGUUCGCUAUUGGCUCUUUGCAUUAUUUCUUCUUUGCUCUGUUUAUACAGUCAAUGCAAGAAGUGACGAUGGUGGUGACGUCAACUUACAACAACAACAACAACCACUACUACAGCCAUCUUCCGUUACGUUUUCCAUUAUUGACCACCACCAUCAACAACAAGUUUACAACAGCAAUGUCGACAAAGACGACGAUUUUGCUCACGUAACUUAUUGGGGCAUUAUGUUUUUCUCCCCGCCUUGGUUAAUAAACACGACGCUGUUGUGGGUGACCGGUAUCAUCUCGGCGAUUGUAUGGUGCUCGGGAUACACGAUUGAAUGUUUACUCGACCGGCAGGAACGACUCGCCAUGGAACUGGGCAAACAGAAACAACAAGUGUCAUCAUACGGUGCCCUGGAAGCAUAGCGUGUUUUUUUUGUAAAAAUGGAUGGGCGCCAGCAAUCUUACUACUAGAAAUGAGUAACUAGAAAAAGAGGCCCUCCUUAAGCUUGGAAUGUGAUCACAAUCUCAGGGGAGGGGCUCAUGUUCUUUUUGUAAUAUUUUUUUGUGACACUCUUUGUUUUUGAACACGAUACCUUACUUUAGAUCACGUCUUAAGAUGGAUGUAUAUACCCUUGCUUUCUGUACAUAUGUAAUCAAAUACUAGCAAUAAAAAUAUACUUUUUUU